AUGGACCUCAGUACAGAGAUAGAACGAGUUGUGAUGUGGAUGGAGCUGGGACAGGUGGAUCCCACUCUAGAUUUCUUUAUGAACAAGAUGCUUGGGGGUGCUUGGGGUGCAGAGCCAGCAGCAGACAACCAGACCACAGCAGCUUGUCCUGUCUUUGAACAGGAAGCGUCACUGAGAGCUGCUCCUGCCAGCCCACAGCCAGCUCACAUGUACAGUCAGGUAGGGACAGUCAGCCAGGGACAGAAUGUACCUGUGAUCGAGAUCCCUGAAGACAUGAAACAGAACAUGCGACCAAUCGGGUUCCUGAAUGGAAAGGUGUUGUAUGAGCUUGUCUUUCCUGCUCCUACAGUCAGGCCCUCCAAGUCACAAAAGAGAAAGUGUGACAACAGGCAGGACAACCGACCUUACAUCAAAAAGCCACCGAAUGCCUUCAUGCUAUAUCUCAAGGAGCAGAGGGCAAAUGUGGUGGCUGACCAGAAAGUGAAGGACAGUGCAGCAGUCAACACCCUGCUGGCAGAGAGAUGGAGAUCUCUGACAGAGGAGCAGCAGGCCAAGUACUAUGAGCAGGCCAAGACACUCAAACUGGUCCACGCUCAGCAACACCCUGACUGGUCAGCCAACGACAACUAUGGGAAAAAGAGGAAAAGACGUAGGAUCAGAAAGUCCUCCACGGCAGCAUCGUCUUUGACAGAACCUGCUGAGGAAACUCCUCAGGCAAAAAAGCCUCAUCUGUCGGUGACGGAGGAUGAGAAGAUAACAUCAGAGCAGCUCGACAGCUGA